AAAACGGUUAGACAAAACUCCGACAUUUUUCGUUCAUCACUGACUGUAUUUUACCCUCGCCCCUCCGUCCAAAUAGUUCGCUAUAAUAUUCCGCUGUUUCACCUUAUCCGGGAGGGAAUUAAGAGCUUAGCUGAACCUUUUGCAUUUUGAUUGAUUGAUUUCAUCAAUGGCAAGGCAUGAGGAAUUACCUGUGCCAAUCUAUGCAUCACUGGAACCAGUUUAUGGCGGUGGAUCCCAGCUUGAAGAAGCUGAGCUCCGGUUCAACCUUUUGAAGUCUAAAUUUCGAGAAUUCUUUGGCCACCUUCCUGAUGUUUAUGCUCGUUCCCCUGGACGAGUCAAUUUGAUUGGUGAGCAUGUUGACUAUGAGGGCUACUCUGUUUUGCCCAUGGCUGUUAGGCAAGACGCUAUUGUUGGCAUCAGGGUUAACCAUUCCGAGAAGAUUCUUAGGAUUGCUAAUGUUAAUGACAAGUAUCCCAUGUGCACUUAUCCUGCUGAUCCUGAACAGGAGAUUGAUCUGAAGAAUCACAGAUGGGGUCAUUAUUUCAUUUGUGGGUACAAAGGGUACCAUGAGUAUGCCAAAUCAAAAGGAAUAGAUGUGGGUGCACCAGUUGGACUUGAUGUCAUAGUUGAUGGCACUGUCCCAACCGGGUCUGGAUUGUCAAGCUCUGCAGCAUUUGUAUGCUCUUCUACAAUUGCUGUCAUCGCUGCAUUUGGCAUGAACUUUCCCAAGAAAGAACUCGCUCAACUUACUUGUGAAUGUGAAAGACAUAUUGGCACACAAUCUGGCGGAAUGGACCAGGCUAUAUCAGUUAUGGCCAAAACUGGCUUUGCUGAGCUUAUCGAUUUCAACCCUAUUCGUGCCACUGAUGUGCAACUCCCUCCUGGUGGAACUUUUGUAAUAGGCCAUUCUUUGGCUGAAUCCCAGAAAGCUGUUACUGCUGCAACUAAUUACAAUAAUCGGGUUGUUGAAUGUCGGCUAGCAGCUAUUGUGCUCGGCAUAAAAUUGGGGAUGAAACCUGAGGAUGCAAUAGCUAAUGUGAAAACUCUCUCUGAUGUUGAAGGACUUUGUGUAUCAUUUGCUGGUACUCAUGGUCAUGGAUCUUCUGAUCCUGUCCUUGCAGUGAAGGAACUUUUGAAAGAGGAACCAUACAGUGCUGAAGAUAUUGAGAAAAUCACAGAUAAAAGUUUGGAAGACAUCUUUGCUGCAUCUCCUACUUCUUUGGACGUACUGAGAGUUGCCAAACAUUACAAAUUGCACCAGAGAGCUGCUCAUGUGUACUCUGAAGCCAAACGUGUGCAUGCAUUCAAAGACACUGUAUAUUCAAAUUUGAGUGAUGAUGAGAUGCUAAAGAAACUUGGUGACCUGAUGAAUGACAGUCACUACAGCUGUAGUGUCCUCUACGAAUGCAGCUGUCCCGAGUUGGAAGAACUUGUAAAGGUUUGUCGGGAUAACGGUGCUCUUGGAGCUAGGCUCACCGGAGCAGGAUGGGGCGGUUGUGCAGUUGCUUUCGUGAAGGAGAGCCUUGUUCCUCAAUUCAUCCUUAAUUUGAAGGAGCAAUUUUAUCAAUCAAGAAUCGACAAAGGGAUCAUAAAGAAGAAUGAUCUUGGGCUUUAUGUUUUUGCCUCCAAGCCAUCGAGUGGUGCAGCCAUUCUCAAAUUUUAACUUCUGCCUGUGUUUGGCUGCGGUAAAAGCAUCAAGUGUCGGUCCUAAAAAUGAUGGUGCUGAGUGAGCUCGUAUUGUAAUUCAUUUCGUGCAUGCAAUGCAAAUUUGGAUGAUAUCCAUCAGCCUGAGGGUUGCGCAUUUAAGGAGUAGGUCUAGGCGGGAUUGAUCAGUGAUGGAGCCAUUACGUAUCUUCAUUCCGUUCUACCCCAAUAAUUGAAAUUUGAGCAAACUUAAACUUUUAUAUAUAUUCGCGUAUGCGUCCAUGUGAUGCGACC